AUGUCGUCCAUUGUCGGAGGUAACGAUGUAGAUACUUUCUUUUGUUUGCAGGUGUUUGUGUACGAACGCACGGUUUAUCGUGAGAUAAAGGAGAGAUUAAAAACGCACGGAAUAUCAAACCUGAGUUCCGUUGAAUUAUCAAACUUCUUUAGUCCAUGGUACGCCCAGCACAUGGGAAAAAUCAAGGUGGCAAGCGGAAACAAGACGGUGGAAAGUUGGUGUCACACGAAGCUGCGCGUUCACUACUACAUAUUCUCAUAUCCCAGUCUUUUAAAGAUACAUUCCAAUCCGCAAUUGUUGAGCGUCUUAAAUGGUCUCUUGCAAAAUGAAGCACUACUUCAACUCGACAUGCGUUCGUUAGCACCUGCGUUUAAGGAUCCGGAAAAGCAGCAGUGGUUCGAAGAGGUACUGGACAAUUAUUUAAAAUUAUGGGAAGUCAAUUUGUGACGGGAAGUGAUGGCAUUCAGUGAUUGCGUAUUUCCAGUGGAUGUGAUAACCGAGUGUGAUAAACUUGACGCCUACUUGUUAAGGACAUAUAAUCACGAUACUCAGGAUUAGAAAAGAAAAACAAUUUUGUAUAAAAUAAAGCGAUUUAUGUCUUCGAGAGAAGAGAAGGGUUUAGAAAUACAACUUACAAAUUUC